CUGAGCUACUCAAAUUUGCAUUGAAAAGAUCUUUUAUUUCGAUUUCAUCAAAAAUUUUGAUGGUUUUUAUUCUUUUUUAAUUUUAGCUUGAAUGUAGGCAUAAACGGGGCACCUGGUGACUUCCAUCAGUUUCUUAUCACGACUUUUGCUAAUUAAACUUUAAUGUAUGCUCUCUAAUAUCUUGUGGGCUUUUCUGGAUCUAAGUCAGAUCAUUCGGUGUGUUUCCAGUGCUGGUUGAAGACUUAACACAGUUCCUUUAAACACAAGGCACCUCAUCAUCAUCAUACCAGUUGACAUUUGGGCAUCUCAUGACACAAAGGUAUGCAUUGUUCUAAUGUCUUUCGUCAUUUCAGUUGCAAUUCUCUGAAUCUAGUUUGCAAAACAACGGACAAAGACCGAUCUGCUUAGCCUUUAUUGGGAGAUCGUUUGUUAAAGCCUUGUUGUCCUGUAUAAAUAUUAAUGAACAACUCUUAAGAAUACAGCUUACAGCACACAGGUUUCUUGCUCCCACUGUCCAGUUCAUAUAAACACCUAACUGGAUCGAAGUAAAUUACACUUGCACUUGCAGAAUCUCCUUCCAUAUCGUGAGUUGAGAAGCUGUCAAAGUACCAUCCUUGCAGGCAGGUAUUUUUAUCGCCUAGACAAUACUUAUCAGUAAUAGAUUGAAUCAAAACAGAACAGUUCGCCUGCACCUUCAGCAGUUAUCGAGAAGAGUUGAAGCAGAAUGGGAAAACAUCAGAGCAAACUCACUCCAGAAAACCUAGCGUACUUGCGACAAUGUACAGCUUUUAGUGACCGCGAGCUAGAUAAGUGGUAUAAAGGAUUCAUGAAAGAUUGUCCAAGUGGCAAAAUGACAAGAAAAGAGUUUGAGCAAAUUUACAAGAAUUUCUUCAAGGAAGGCGAUGCUACAAAAUUUGCAACACACGUUUUCCGCACAUUCGAUAAAGACGGAAACGGAUCGAUUGAUUUCAGAGAAUUCAUUUGCGGAUUGUCUAUUACGUGUCACGGUACAAAGGAAGACAAGCUAAGAUGGGCGUUCAAUAUGUACGAUAUUGAUGGAAGCGGCACGAUCACAGAAGACGAGCUUGUCGAGAUAAUCAAGUCGAUAUACAAAAUGAUGACAGACGAGGGUGGCAAGAAUGCAAUGGAAAUACGUGAUCCUCCCCCUGUUGUUGCAGCCCAAUUGUUUCAAAGAAUGGAUGAAGAUGGGGAUGGCGAAGUGACGCUUGACGAGUUUAUAGAAGCUGCCAAAGAUGACCCAACAAUUCUCAAACUGCUACAACAAUGAUAAGAAAAAAUUAGGCCAUUAGGAAAUCUGAAGCACUAGAGAGAUGAUGCAUGAUUGUACUUCGAUGGAGAAGGGACGAUUUGCUAGCUGGUCGCUAUUCGGUUUAUUUGAAUCAUCAAAAACAUUCUAUAAGCGUUCAUCAGAAAACAUUAGGUUAUAUUUGUUUUUCUCAAGUGUGCACUCGCGUUUCGGACGGACAAAAGACGUCAGUUCAUUGUUUCAAACGGAUCGCUGUGGUAUGUACUUACACACAUGUGGAUGAUAUUUUCAAAACAUAGAUUUUAAAUGAACAUUUGCAAACGAAUUGUCUGUUAGCAUUCAGAAUAGUAGAUAUCUAAAAAACGAUUUAAUUUUGCGAAAAUUUUUGAAUUUCAUCAUUUAAAAUGUUCUCAAAUCCAGCUUACUUACAAUUUACUUAAAGUUUAAAUGCUACCGGCUAUGUUUUUAUCGGAAUAUAUAGCAUUUUAUGUUGACGAUUUAUUGAAACUUGAAAUCCAAAUCACUGAAUCUGUCAGCGAGCUGAAAACUGUAUAAAAGUUAAACGCAGGAAAUAGCUUAUCCUGAAAAAUAUGUGAUUCAAUAUAGAAUCACUAUAAAAAGUUUGUAGAAAGCAGAAUAAUCUUGACUUCCCGACUUUGGUUUCAAGUGAGAAGCUACCCAAUAUUGAAAACCCUAUAGCUAGAAAUGAUUUCGGUUUUGAAACAAUUCAGAAAUAGUAAUUCUUUGUAAACUUUGUUUAUGUUGAAUAGUAAGGCAAAACCUAGCAAUAACAGGGUUUGCAAUAUUUUGUAAAUAUAAUAGAGGGCCUCGUACCUUCUUAAAAAUCGACGGGAGCUAUAAACCAUGUGAUGAAUUAUUGAUGAAUCCAUGGAUUUGAGAACAUUAGUAACAAAAAUAGCUGUAGUUGAGAAAUUACUCUAAUUUGAUAGUAAAAUUUAUGAUAUGGUUAACGGUUUCUCAGCGGUGUUCCACAAUUGUAAGUCUGGUUGUAGUUGCUUCGCUUUCAAAGCAUUAAAUCGAAUGAAACGUCUGAAACAGGUGUACCCAGAGUCGUGAGAGAAUCAUGUGUAAAUCAAUUUCGUCUCCCCAUUUGCUUGUUUCAGCAGAUCUUUCAAGAUUAUUUUAGCUCGUGGAGGAAAUUCAAGAUACAAAUAUUACAAGUGUAGGCUAGAAAAACGCUUGAUUGAGGUGAUGAUAGCUCAGGCAUAGGUGAUUAAAUAAGAAUCUAGUUGGUAUUCAUAACUAAAUGUUCAGAUAGAAGUACAAAUCGAUUUGAUAAGUCAAUCACAUAUACGGAACAAUCAAAGCUCACUCUUUUCAAAAACAAAUUUCUGAGUUUUGAUUGCUAUUAACCUCUUCUUCUAUUCUGUGGCUUACGGUACAAGUCUUGCCGAUCAAUGGGCUUCACGAGCAAUGUAUUUUCUCGAAGUUACAUAAGUCGAUCAACUAUAGGUUCACAUAUUCUUGUAGCUCACUAAAAGGUUGUUUUUUGCUAUGGAUACAAAAUAGCUGUAUUGAACCAGUUUUCAGGUAGUGUGCUAACUAUAUAUGUAGACAUCUCAAGUAAACGGGAAAAUACGAAGAUUGUCAAUCUGGAAAUAAAAACUUUGCGGCCAACACCUGAGUUGCCUGUCAACCUUAAAUAUUUGUAGUGUUUAAAGCAUCCCUCAAAGUGUCUGCUAGCCAUAUGGUAAGCAAGUUUCACACUUUGCAGACAAAUACCUUGUGUUGCAAAGUAGGUAGUUAUGGAAAUACCGUGUGCUUUUGAAGGCUAUGUACCUAGGUUAUCACCUUCACGCCUUCUGUAGAGUUGCCAUAGUUACAAGUGUUAUGCGAGUGCAAUAAUCGCACUGAAUUGUUAUCUAUCUUGACUAGUGAAUCAUAGGUACAGAUGAAUUAUUUAGAAUUCUAAUAAAUUUUUUCAAUUGAUUUCUGUGUUUGUCUUGAUUCAAAGAAUGUAUGCAGAAAUGAAUCACAAGUUUAUAUUUUGUAAUUGUCAUCUUCA